AUGAAAAGUUUCGAGAAGGACGAACAUAGGUUAAACUGCACUGAUAUUGAUGAAUGUGACGACUGGUUCAUUUGCUUCAACGAAGUCCUCUGCCUGGAAGGAUUCAUGUACAACGUUGCUACCGAGGAAUGUGUUGACAUCCCAGAAUGUUCUUACGGGGCCUGCGAUCCCCUUGCUCAAUGUAUUGAAACAGAAGGCUCCUUCUUCUGCUACUGCCCAGAACAUCUCACAUUGGAUGCAACAGGAACUGUUUGUCAAGAUCUUCGUUUUGGAACUUGCUUCUGGUAUUUCAAAGAGAGCACAAAUGAAUGUAGUAACCCAACUUUUUCCGGCGUUAUACAAAAGUCUGAUUGUUGCUGCACCGUGGGACAAGGCUGGCGUCAUGACUCCAACCCAUGUGAAGGAUGCCCGCUAGUAGGAACUGCAGAAUUCGAUAAAAUUUGCCCGCUUGGCAAAAUUGAAAAACCUGAGACAGAAGUACCAGUCACUGGAAACUGUUUCCUGGCAUCGGAAGGUGUAGUAUCAGAUCCCUUCUGUUCUAAUAGUGUUGGAGUUAAUGUUUCCCGCGCUACUUGUUGUUGUAGUCCCUAUGGAAGAGCCUGGGGAGAAAAUCCAUGUGAAAUAUGUCCCUGGAAAAAUACGUACGAUUAUCAAACAGUCUGCCCAGGAGGAUACGGAUUUACACCGAACCGGAUCACGGUGUCCUUGGAAGACAUUGAUGAAUGUAUAGAGCUUCCAGGCUUAUGCCAAGGUGGAAAAUGCGUCAAUACAUACGGAUCUUUUAUCUGCGAAUGUCCAGAGGGCUACGAACUUAACGAAGAGAGCAGAGUUUGCGAAGAUUUAGAGGAUUCCCCUACAGUAUCAAACACUCUGCCCGGGAGGAGACGGAUUCAAACCAAACCCGAUUACGGUAUUGUUGGAAGACCAGGUUUAUGCCAAGAAGUACCAGUCACUGGAAACUGUUUCCUCACAGUGGAAGGCGAUGAAAAAGCUCCGACCUGUUCCGAUGGUGUUGGCGUUGAUGUUUCCCUCGCUACUUGUUGUUGUAGUCCCUAUGGAAAAGCCUGGAGAAGAAAUACUUGUGAAAUAUGCCCGGAGAAAAUUACUAUCGACUAUCAAACAGUCUGCCCAGGAGGAUACGGAUUUACACCGAACCGGAUCACGAUGUCCUUGGAAGACAUUGAUGAAUGUAUGGAGCUUCCAGGUUUAUGUCAAGGUGGAAAAUGCGGCAACGUUCUCGGAUCUUUUAUCUGCGAAUGUCCAGAGGGCUACAAACUCAACGAAGAGAGCAGAGUUUGCGAAGUACCAGAUCCUGGAAACUGUUUCCUGACAGUGGAAGGCGAUGAAACAGCUCCGACCUGUUCCGAUGGUGUUGGCGUUAUUGUUUCCCGCGAGACUUGUUGUUGUAUUUUCUAUGGAAAAGCCUGGGGAGUAAAUCAAUGUGAAAUAUGUCCUGAGAAAAAUACUGACGACUAUCAAACAGUCUGCCCAGAAGGAGACGGAUUCACACCGAACCGGACCACGGUGUACUUUGAAGACAUUGAUGAAUGUAUGGAGCUUCCAGACUUAUGCCAAGGUGGAAAAUGCGUCAACGUUUUCGGAUCUUUUAUCUGCGAAUGUCCAGAGGGCUACGCACUUAACGAAGCGAGAAGAGUUUGCGUAGAUUUAGAGAAUUCCCCUACAGUAUCAAACACUCUGUUCAGGAGAGGACGAAUUCAAGCCAAACCUUUAUUUGAAGUAAAAGGCACGAAGAUUGACCCAUGUGAUUCAUAUGGUCGUUGUUGGAACGGUAGAUGCAUCAAAAGCAGUCUAGUUGGAUUACACUGCGAAUGCAAUCAGGGUUACAAGAAAGUCGGACAAGGGUUAAACUGCAUCGACAUUGAUGAAUGUGAUGACGUGUCCAUUUGCAUCUACGGGGAAUGUGUCAACCUAAUGGGAUCGUAUAUGUGUCAAUGUCCAAGAGGAACCAUUCUCAGUUCUAAUGGUGUUGAAUGCAUCCCUGAUCCUUCAUAUGGUUCCAUUGAAGACCCCGACGAUUGCAGAGCAAACCCAUGCAAAACUGGUGAUCAAUGUGUUCCAACUGAUGGAGGACGAUACAGGUGUACUGGGGGUAAAUGUAAAAGGUAG